CCUGUAAAUCGUGUUAUUAAGGAUUAGGCUUCUUUCAACACCUUAGAUACUUGAUCAGAAGAGUAUUUAAGAAAAAGGAAAGCUCCCCUUGCUUUUGACCCCAAGUUGGGAAUUUUCUGUCAUUGGUGCAGUGCCUGAAAAUACGAUCCAAUCUUCAUUUAGUCAUUUCUACAGAGUCUGGAAAGGCGAAAAUAUUGCAAAUAAUGGGGCCUACUCAUACUUUCCCCCUUAAGAAGCUUAUCUAUUUCAAGGUGCCUGUUUGGAAAAACAGACUCCAGGUCUCCACCACAGAACCAAAAUGAAAGCACACAACCCGCAGCCUUUGGCCGUGGUGUUUUUGAAAACAGGGAAGGGCACAGAAUCGUGGUUUAAAAUACCAGAAAGCUGCAGCCCCCAAAAAAAAAGAGUAUUCCGGGGCGGGCUGGACCUUCCCUGCAGGCAAUCUUCUGUGCAGGCGGACGGACGUUCCUGGGGGAAGGGCGCCACUGUGAGAUGCAAAGACAUCAAGCGGACUUUCAGCUUUCCAGUGGACGCUGCGGGCCCCCUUUCCCUACCCAGUUCUGUACCGCGGCUCCCCAGCCCACCCCGGGCCACCCAAGAGGUCCGGUGGGGUUUGUGCCGGAUUAGUGCCCGCUGGUCGGACUCAGCCCUCCGCACAGCCAGGCCGACCAGGCCCCCAGAAAUUCUGUCGUCGGGUGUGGGACCGCGAAGGAAAGGGCGAGUUUUCUUCCCAGAACUCAGUGGAAAACCAAGGAAAGGAGGCGGCGGCUGUGUAAACCAGGCCUGGGGUGCAGCCUCCGGGAACAAAAGAGGUGGCGAUUGCACAGCAGCCGAGGCUCUGCGUGCUCCUUUGGGGCCACUACGAAUGCACGUGAAUCACCCCUGUCCGUGCAAAGCGCCAGAAAUGAUGAAAACGCACGUUCAUGGGUUCCACUCCAGCCCUACAAGAUCACCAACAGUAUCUGGCAGCACCCAGGAAUCUGCCCUCUCAACAAGCGCCCGGGCCGACGGGCUAGUUAAGUUUGAGAACAAUUGCUUCAUACACAGUCGCUCCGCUAUCACCAAGGAAUCACCGCUGCGGCUGCGGCUGCGGCUGCGGCUGCGGCUGCGGCUGCGGCUGCGGCUGCGGCUGCGGCUGCGGCUGCGGCUGCGGCUGCGGCUGUGGCUUAGGCCAGGCCGCGCCUCAACCGAGCUUGGUCCUUUCCUGUGGUCCCGCCUCGCUGCUCAGCGCGGAUUGGUGAUGGGGCACAAAUCUGGCGCUGAUUGGGCGGUGGUGAAGUCGCUCGUAAAGACUGUAGGGUUCGGGUGCUCUAGAGUGCUAAAUUUAUCUUCAGACCAGCGACCGCGCCAGCCGCGAAUCGGAUCUCUAUGGAGGUGGCCCAGGCGAUAUCCCUGAGCUGAGAGCAUCACCCUGUCCCCGAAUCCUUCUUUCCUCUGUUUCGUUUUUCAUUCCCCUUUCCUUCUCCUCUCCCCCUCCAGUCCGCGACGACUGGCUCUUGACCCAGUUCAGGCCUCGGUGAAGGCUUUUGGUUACUCCCCUUCCCACCCCAUCCCUUAUUUUUAUUAUUUUGAAGAGUGCAUUUCAAGCUGCCAAGGUGGAGAGAGGGAUUACAGAAAGGAGAACGCCUUAUUUCAGAAUUGUUGAUAACCCUGAAGGGACUUCAGAUAUAUAAUAGUAUCAACAACUAAUACAUCUAAUGGCAGUAGGCAUCGAAAGCUAAAAGAGAUUUCACAAUACUAUGUACCAUGAGACAGGGCUGAUAACUAUGGCCCAUGCUGUCUGGUUUUGUACCUAAAGUUUUAUUGGAACACACCUGUGCCCAUUCUUUUAUGUAUUGUCUAUGGCUGCUGUCGUGUUACAACUACAAAGUUGAGUAGUUGCAUAAGAGACUAUAUGGCCCUUUACAAAAAAACCCUGCCAACCCCCACCAUGGGACAUAUUCUUCAAGAUCCCUUUCUUAAAAAUAUGUGUAACAACUCUUAAUAGUUUCUUGGCUCAAUUAUUCCCAAAUUAUGUUUUAUAGAAUAUUAAUAUUCUCUAAGUUAAUAAAUGUUUUGAGAAAAAGAUUGAUGCUAAUAGUUUUUCUUUAUGGUUGAUGUUAAUAUGUUUCUUUAAAUAUGAGAUUAAGACUACUAAACUCAUUUCUAUAGCUUUUAUUUUUAUGUGAUAAUCUACCUUUAAGAAAAGGUGUACCAUACCUGAGAGCACCAGGAAGUCGCAUGAGAGAUCACCUGAUACAUGAACGUAUGAUGUUCCAUCUGCGCAUUGAUGCAUAGGCAGCAUUAACAAAUUAACUGAUGUGUUGCUGUGUAUCAUCUCUUUGACGAUUGCUCGUCUUGUUUGUAUCCUGUCUUAUAAUUUGAACACAUUUGUGAUACUCAAUGUCUGUUCUAAAUUAACUAUGUUUUGUACCACAAACUCAUUGCCCAUGGAUCUGUUGCUGAAACAAGGAAGUCUUAAACAAGAAGUGGAAUCUUUCUGUUAUCAGAUUGUGUCUGAAUCAAAUGAUCAGAAGGUCGGAAUAUUACAAAGUGAAGAUAAACAGUUGCAACCUUCAGUUUCUAAAACAUCAGAAGGUGAGCUUUCCAGGGUCAAAUUUAUAUCCAAUUCCAACAAAAUAACAUUUAGUAAAAAACCAAAAAGAAGAAAAUAUGAUGAAAGUUAUUUGUCUUUUGGAUUUACGUACUUCGGAAAUAGAGAUGCACCUCAUGCUCAGUGUGUAUUAUGUAAGAAAAUUCUAUCAAAUAGCUCUUUAGCCCCUAGUAAGCUUCGAAGACAUUUGGAAACUAAACAUGCUGCAUAUAAAGACAAAGACAUAAGUUUUUUCAAGCAACAUCUUGAUUCCCCUGAAAAUAAUAAACCCCCAAUGCCUAAAAUUGUGAAUACAGAUAAUGAAAGUGCUACAGAAGCGUCAUACAAUGUAAGUUACCAUAUAGCGCUGAGUGGAGAGGCUCAUACUAUUGGGGAAUUGCUUAUCAAACCUUGUGCAAAAGAUGUAGUGAUGCGGAUGUUUGAUGAGCAAUAUAGUAAAAAAAUAGAUGCAGUACAGCUAUCAAACAGUACUGUUGCACGUCGAAUUAAGGAUCUAGCUGCUGACAUUGAAGAAGAGCUUGUUUGUAGACUGAAAAUUUGUGAUGGGUUUUCACUGCAACUGGAUGAAUCAGCUGAUGUUUCAGGACUUGCUGUGCUGCUUGUGUUUGUUCGUUAUAGGUUUAAUAAGUCCAUUGAGGAAGACCUACUCCUGUGUGAAUCUUUGCAAAGUAAUGCUACAGGUGAAGAAAUAUUCAACUGUAUUAACAAUUUUAUGCAGAAACAUGAAAUUGAAUGGGAAAAAUGUGUUGAUGUUUGUAGUGAUGCUUCUAGGGCAGUGGAUGGGAAAAUUGCUGAGGCUGUCACCUUAAUAAAAUAUGUGGCUCCUGAAAGCACCAGUAGUCACUGCCUAUUAUAUAGACAUGCACUAGCAGUUAAAAUAAUGCCUGCAUCUCUAAAAAACGUGCUAGACCAGGCAGUACAAAUCAUCAAUUAUAUUAAAGCUCGACCACAUCAAUCCAGACUACUGAAAAUUUUAUGUGAGGAAAUGGGUGCGCAGCACACAGCACUUCUUCUAAAUACAGAGAUAAGGUGGCUUUCUCGAGGUAAAGUUCUUGUAAGACUAUUUGAACUUCGUCGUGAACUUUUGGUUUUCAUGGAUUCUGCUUUUCGACUCUCUGAUUGUUUAACAAAUUCAUCUUGGCUGCUAAGACUUGCAUAUCUUGCAGAUAUUUUUACUAAAUUAAAUGAAGUUAAUUUGUCAAUGCAAGGAAAAAAUGUGACGGUUUUUACAGUAUUUGAUAAAAUGUCAUCAUUGUUAAGAAAAUUGGAAUUUUGGGCCUCGUCUGUAGAAGAAGAGAACUUUGAUUGUUUUCCUACACUAAGCGACUUUUUGACUGAAAAUAAUUCUACAGUUGAUAAAGAUAUUUGCAGUGCCAUUGUGCAGCACCUUAGGGGUUUGCGCUCUACUCUGUUAAAAUACUUUACUGUAACAAAUGACAAUAAUGCUUGGGUUAGAAAUCCAUUUACAGUUACUGUUAAACCAGCCUCAUUAGUAGCACGGGACUAUGAGAGCCUGAUUGAUUUAACAUCUGAUUCUCAAGUGAAACAAAAUUUCAGUGAACUUUCACUAAAUGAUUUUUGGAGUAGCCUAAUUCAGGAAUACCCAUGCAUUGCAAGACGUGCAGUGCGUAUACUUCUUCCUUUUGCUACAAUGCACCUGUGUGAAACAGGGUUUUCAUAUUAUGCUGCAACAAAAACAAAAUAUAGGAAAAGACUUGAUGCUGCACCUCAUAUGCGAAUCCGACUUAGCAACAUUACUCCUAAUAUUAAGCGGAUAUGUGAUAAAAAGACACAAAAACACUGUUCUCAUUAAAGUUGGAGGGGUUUGCAUGUAUCAUGAUAACCAAAUGUAAGAUAAAAAUAAAAGAUGAUUUACUUCA